AGGGAAUCCUACAUCUCAUGCCUCCAUGGAUCGCAUUGAGCUGUCCAAUUCGUCGAACGACCGACGGUCGGCGGCAUAUUUGACGCCUGAAUCGGCCGGCGACGAGACACGGGCGACACGACCGUUUCCCAGGCAGCGCUCAGCGUCGCUGCGACUGAGACCACCGAGUAUCCGUAUUCAACGCCCAAACUCUACCUACCAACCGAGAAACUCCAACAAUCCAUUCCUGCGCGAUUCUUAUCAGCCCAAUAAUGGCAACAACGACAACAGCAACAAUGACACUGACAACGCCGAUACCGCCAACGUUGUAUCCAAAGACUUUGCUUUCAAGGCGGAUGACGGGGAUAAGGGCCAGGACCAUGAGCAAGCGAUGGAACGAGAAUGGCAGGCCUCUCGCCGUCGAAGCAGCUCCGAGCCGCGUCCUGGACGCUGGUCUACUCCGCCAGCUCUAGUGAUUCCUUCCGACUCUGGGGAAAGGACUUCAACGUACAUGCCCACCCUGAAGGAAGUGUCAACGAACAGGGAUACCGAAGAACAAUCACGACCUAACACCGAACUCCUGACCCCUCCACAAGAAGCUGUUCGGAGGGGUAGUUUCCGUCGACUGCGUCGGGCCAGUUCCGCUGCGGUGAAUCGAUUGUCUCGGAAUCGAGCCUCGACUGUGAGCGGGGCCAGCCAACACUCCCGCAGCGUACACUAUCCUGAUCAUCGCACCAGCGAAUAUGAUCCGUUGCUGGUGGAUGUUUUGGAUGUUAUUGACCCGGAAGUGUCGACCUUGUCCACCCUUACCAAUGUCCAGAACUCGCUCUUUGUUCCCGAUCUUGGGCCUUGGGUCAACCGGACGCCUACAUACACUCUUAGCCCCCCAUCGGACGGGGAGGACUUACUCAGGACAUCGUCGACGUCAUCAAUCGCGUCAGCGGACGAGCAGGCGGAAGAAUCCGCACGCCGCCAGUCAGAAGAUGAAAUGCUGAAAAAAGAGAGACCGUCCAUUUCAGGGGACGAUCACAGCCCCUUUGAUAGAAUAUCGAUGGACCUGUCGGCACCGCCAUUUGCAGUUGCGCCCGAAGGAAGCCAUCUGGAGGCUUGGUCCAACGAGGAACUGAUAGAGUUGAACGAUCAUGUUCGACACAUGCUCCAUUCUCGGCGGUCCAAGUUUAAGCGUGCCAUGAAAGGGUUCGCCAAAUACGUGUCGAAACCUCUUGGAUUCCUCGUCACUCUGUAUGCCACUCUUAUCACUCUAUUCGGUCUUGCUUGGGUUCUCUUCCUUAUCGGCUGGAUCAAUGUAGGAGGACGACAGCUUUAUAUCAUCAACGUUAUUGAUAACGUCCUUGUCGCUCUGUUUGCCAUCAUGGGUGAUGGACUAGCACCGUUCCGUGCCGUCGACACAUACCAUAUGGCCUUCAUUGCUCACUAUACUCUGAAAACCUGGAAGAUCCGCAAGCAGCGCGCUCUUCCUGAACUGAGAAACAAGAACGACAUUCCCUGGAGACUGGAACGAGAUGUGGAUCUGGAGAGGGGGGAUAAAGUAGAGGAUGACGACCACGAAUUCUCCGUGCUGACCCCGGCUGAACAAUUGCGCUUGAUGCACCACCAGAAGAAAUUCGCCAAAUCUCAUACCUUCUACAAACCGCAUGAGACAUUUACGCACUAUGCCUUCUCUCUCAAAUUCCUAAUCGCUAUUGUUGUUCUCCUGGAUUUUCAUUCUGCCUUUCAAAUUGCCCUGGGCACGUGUACGUGGAGUAUUAACUACCAUCACCGUCCCUUCGCACUGACCACUGUCAUUCUCUGCUGUUCGAUUGUAUGCAACAUUUCCGGCGGUGUCUUGAUCAUGAUUGGAGACCGCCGAGCACGGAAGAAGGACGUGGUCGAGCGACUAUUCCGGCAAAAGCUUACAUCGGAGGCCAUCAAGAAGAUGGAGAAGAAAAAGAGAAAGGCACAGAAACAGAGCUUGUCCUUGGAAGACAUUCCAAUCACAUACAAAGGUACAUGA